UAGAAAGAUUGUGUGGAGAAUAAUUCAAGCAAAGCUUUGGCCUUAAAAAAAAGAAGAAGAAACCCUUUAUCUUGGGAUCUAAUAUUGGCCAUAUGGCCUUUGGCUCCUCUUUCGUUCGUCUGUUGUUCAGAGUCGGAAACAUAUGAAACUAUUUACCAUUAUGUGAUUAAUUUUUAUUUAUCAAUAACGCAGAUACAAGGGAUUGGUACUGGAUACAUGGAUGGAUAUUCUGGUAAAAGAGCUGUAGAUGGGCUUGUUGUCACGAAAAAGGGUUCUGGUCUUGUUCUAAGAGAUACUGUCAAUAACAGAGACCAAAAUGCUCAAUUUUGCAGCAGAAUUGGUUGCAGUGGUCGACUGAAUUCCAUGAAGGGCGCUCAAAUUGGCUGCUCAGAAAAAGCCAAAUCUUCAAGGCCUUCAUUUCGCUCUUCUUCCAGUGGCAAGGAAAUAAUCGGAAGCUCCUCAAGGACUUGUGCAGCAGUCAGCAAUGCAAAAAAGUCCCCCACAAAUCCUCGGAAAAAGGCGUCUUCCCAAAUUGAAACGGAUUCAUCUGAAACUAGUAGUGUUCGGGAUGAGCCAGAAGUUGCAGAACUCGUUCCUCCACCUGGAAAGAUUCAAAGAGGGCUUUGCCCUGAAUCUGAGGAUGCUGAUUCUGGGGAUGUUAUGAUAAUGGAAGAGGCAAGCUCCAGUGCAGCAUCAAACACAAGAUCUCGGAGGAAUUUCCAUCACAGAUCUGGGUUGGGCAACCGAGAUAUUUCAGGUGGUUCCUCUGUGUCUUUGCCAUUUAGGAGUACCUGUCAGACAACAGUGGCUAACACAAACAGGCAUGGUUUGAGAAAUCUAAGGUGCAACUCUAUUUCUGAUGUCAUCCCUUCCAGUAGUAGUAGUUCUUUAGCAGAGUCAAGCAUUAGUAAAAGGAAGGAUAUGGUUAAAAAGAGAAGUUCAGAAGGAGAAAGUAGUUCAUCCUCUAGAGGGAAGAAAACAAGUGAACCAUCGCUUGAAGUGCGAAAUCACAGUUCUAACCUUGGUGUCUCCAUUUCUGAUUCAAGACGAGCCAGGAAUUGGCCUCCUAACAGGGAUAAUAGUGUUACAUCUGUUAGGACUCGGAGAUCAGCCAAUGGUAACAACCGGGCAAGGCUCCCUUAUCAAGGAAAUGGAAAUAAUUUAGCACCAAACGAGUCCCCUGUUGGGAUUCAACGAGUGCCUGAAUCUGAUAUAUAUACUGAUUUAAAUGUUCCUUCUUCAUGGCCUCAAUUUUCUUUGGAAACUCCCUCAGGUCGCCUGGGUUCUUACAGUCGGCCUGGCAGUAGCAGUGGAAGUUUACGAGUUUUAGUGCCUGGUAGUCCCUCAGAAGUUGGCAUUCCUCGCUCUUUAAUUAAUGGUGAUAACUUUGGGCGCUAUAAUAUGGAUGGUAUUGCAGAGGUAUUGUCGGCUCUUGAGAGGAUUGAACAAGAUGAAGAGUUAUCUUAUGAGCAAUUACUUGUUCUGGAGACCAAUUUGCUCCUUAACGGCCUAAAUUUUUACGACCAGCAUAGAGACAUGAGACUGGAUAUUGAUGACAUGUCAUAUGAGGAAUUAUUAGCUCUGGAAGAGAGAAUGGGUAGUGUGAGCACUGCAUUAACAGAAGAAGCAAUAUCCAAAUGCCUUAUGACAAGCAUCUAUCAGUCAAAAGCUCUCAAGGAUGCCACUUUGAACUGCAGUGGCAAUAAUGAUGAUGUUAAAUGUUCUGUUUGUCAGGAAGAUUAUGUUGCUGGGGAUGAAGUGGGGAGGUUACAUUGUCAGCAUAGAUAUCAUGUGACCUGCAUACAGCAGUGGCUGCGGCUGAAGAACUGGUGCCCUAUUUGCAAGGCAGCAGCAGAGCCCUCGCCACAUUCUUCAUGACAAGAUUCCAUUGUUUAAAAUGAUGCGGGAGACCGACUUCUUUUUUUGUUCAUUUUGUACAAAUUAAGUGCGUCCCUUCAUCUUUAAUCUUAAUCUUCUUUAUGUACAUAACAAGUCCCCGUUCAUCAAGUAAUAAACCCAGGCAAGCUGCUCUGCGGUGGAAAUUGAAUUCCAUGUUCACAUUAAAAAAAAGUAAACUGUGAAUGAAAUUUUAUAAAAAAAAUGCUGUUCGUCUUUUA